AUGUUCCGGGGCCAGCGAGCCUGGUUCUCACAGAGCGUCAGCCCAGGCCCGCGGGAGCUGUGGGCGGCCGGCGGCGGGGCGCUCGCCCCCUGGCGCGAUGCCGACUACCUCUUCAGCAGCGACGCUGCCCACCCGGACACCCGCAGAAUUCACGAGAGCCUGGAUUACCUGGAGGGCAGAGCCACCAUCUUCCACUCCAGGUACCUCUCAGCAGGGGGGAGCACCAGCCUGGGAGCCAAGCUGUCUGUGGUGCUGGGCCACUUUGUCCUGCCACCUGCCUGCAUGCAAGAAGAAAUCAGGAGGAGAAUUGGUCGCUUCGUUUGGGAGCAGGCGGAGGAGUCCCACACGGGAGAGCCCAGCGACACCCUGAGGGCGAAACCGGAAGCGGUGGGGAGAGGCUCCGAGGAAGAGGCUGAGGAAGGUGUGCGAGACCCGGCCGAGAGGUACCUCCCUGUCCUGUGUGCUGGGCUUUGGAUGUGGUCCCUGCAUUUCAGGCGAUCCCCAAGGCACAGGCGAAAGAUACAGAUUGUUCCUCCCCGAUGCAGCAGUGAGGAGGAAAAUGGCUCCGGGACACCUUCCCAGGAGGAAUUCCUGUGCCGUGCCCUGCAGGAGUACCCCAUGAACAACAUGGUGACAGGCUAUGCCUCCGCUCGGGACCUGAAGCAGUACAGGGGAGAGCUCCGCGAUUUCACGCCCGGCUCCUCGGGCUACGCCGCCUACUUCGUCCGGAAGGAAAUCAACCUCUGCUGUGACGGCAAGGGCAGGACCAAGAGACGACGUUAAGCGAGGGGGGGUUCUUGGCAUCGAGCAGGAGCCGCCAGAGGGCUCCUGGUG